ACUCCGGAAGCUACUAUUGGUUGGUUGCUGACUUGUUUGUAACAAAGAACUCCAGGAAGACAUUCGCAUACAGUAAAUUGGCUUUAUAGAAGUGUGGCAAUUUGCCCGAUCUGACCAAAACUACGAUUUUUUUCUUUUUUAUAUAAUAACUGACAUUUGUUUGAAAUCGAUUCUCAGAAUACCAUGUCAGUAGCAAACGAUUUGAGUGCUGGGGACUGCAUUGACGCCAGGCGGGGCGAUGGACAAGAGUGCGAGGGCCCCUGUGGUGGCUCUGGGUCCAUGCAGGUGGACGCCAAACCUCAGUCCCAUUGCUUCAGGUACAGUCUCAGUUACCCCAGCAUUGGCCAGUGUAUCAUCAUCAACAACAAGAACUUUGACAGAAGAACAGGUAUGAAUGUACGCAAUGGCACAGAUGUGGAUGCAGGCAAUGUGAUUAAGGUGUUUGGGAAACUGGGUUAUAAGGUGAAGAUUUACAAUGACCAGACAGUGGACCAGAUCAAGCAUGUUUUAACCACAGCCUCCAAGGAGGACCACAGCUGCUCCGCCUCGUUCGUGUGUGUCCUGCUGAGUCACGGGGACGAUAGUGUGUUCUUCGGGACGGAUGCCUCCAUCGAGCUCAAGAGCCUCACCAGCCUGUUCCGGGGCGACCGCUGCAACUCGUUGGUGGGCAAGCCCAAACUCUUCUUCAUUCAGGCUUGCAGAGGUACUGAUCUGGACGUGGGCAUCGAGGCAGACAGCAGUUCAGACGGGAGCUCGACCAGGAUCCCUGUGGAAGCAGACUUCCUCUAUGCCUACUCCACAGCUCCAGGCUACUACUCGUGGAGGAACACUCAGACUGGCUCCUGGUUCAUCCAAUCGCUGUGUGAGAUGAUUGGCAAGUACAGCAAAGAGCUGGAGGUCCAACACAUCCUGACCCGGGUCAACCACAAAGUGGCGACAGAGUUUGAGUCUGCGUCAAACUCUCCUGAUUUCGAUGCCAAGAAGCAGAUCCCCUGCAUCGUAUCAAUGCUGACCAAAGAGAUGUACUUUACACCAUGAUAGGAGAAAGGUGUGAAGAAGCUCUUCAUUUGCCUGGUCCCAGAUCGAUUUUAGCGGUCUCGCCAACAGCUAUUAUCACUGUUAUAGGAGUUGGCAAGAGAGGAAAAACAGACCUGGGAUCAGGCUAGCUUCUAUCUGAGUGAGGGCAAUAGAUGUGUGUUUUGGUUGUGGAUUGUAAAUUAGCUGAAUUUUUAACACCACUGCUCAAUCACUCUGGAUCAAGUUGGACUUGGUUUAAACUUGUAGGCUUAAGUAUCACAUUUUAUGUUGGAGGUUGAAACCAUGCACAGAGAAGUUGACUUUUCUUCAGGGUUGGGGUCAGUUCACGCUUCAAUUCCGUCAACUGAGGAAGUGAAAAAUUGAAUUAACUUCCUAAAUGUACUGAUUGAUUUGAAAGUUGAAUUGACCCCAACCCUGUUUCUUACUGAAGGAUCCCUUUUGUGUUAAGUUUAACAGAUGAUGUAUAUAAAGUUUUGGGAGUAGAUUGCAGGUGUAGUGUGUUGUAAUCAAAUCAUGGAUGUGCAACUCGUCUACAAGCACCAGCAAUUCUCCCUCCUUAGGUUUCUCAUACAGUUUUAUUUAAACAUUUUAUUUUAUUAUUUUUACAAUGUCUAGAACUACACAUACAUUUUGUUGGAUGCUUGAAUGAGUAGUCAAAGUGCAUUCCUCAAGGGAUUAUGUUACAUUUAUCUUUUGUGUUUUGUGUUUUUUUUAAAUUGCAGGAUAUUGUUUAGGUCCAUUAUAGUUGUACUGUGAAAGAAACUAUCCUGUAAAAAAAUGUAUUCUCCAGAAAUAAGACUUGCUUCCCUUUCACCUUCCUUCUUGAAAUCAGUGUCUCUUUCAGUCGGCUCCAAACGGUCAAUUGCAAGCUCUUCCUGACAUGAACAUGACCAAAUGCUUAUUCCAUUUGUAGGUUAAAAACAUUUGCUCCUGUCCUGGCAUAAACAAGUGUGUGGUAUGCCGGUAGGAUGUGUAUGAUGAUAGUAGAGAGGAUGUGUCCUCUCUAACUUGGAAGAUACAUUUUGCCUACAUAUUAAAGGCCCAGUUGUAGAAGCACUACUAGACAGUAGGCUUAAAGGUGCACUCCGGUAGUGAUGCGUGGAAUCAGCUGUUUGUUUAACCACACCUGCCCUCAAUUGCUAAUAACCCACCUGCAACUGUCUGACUAUGUGAUGAAAUGAAAAUGCAGUGCAAAAUUUACACAUGACAUCAGUUUGACGGAAAUUAAAAGCUGUGAAAAUGA